AUGGUCAAAUUCCUCGCACCAUAUCUAACUGUUCAAACGUUUGUUUUCUUUGAUUUGUCUAACAACAGUCUUGUAGGGGAAAUCCCUGUGGAGCUUGGUUCCUUACUAAAGCUCCAAGAGAUCUAUUUAGAGGUAAAUAAUUUAAUAGGGACUCUCCCACCAUCUUUCGAGAACCCGUCGCCCCUUGAGAAACUUUAUGCAUAUCAAAAUCUUUUGAAUGGAAAUCUCCCAGAAACUUUAGGCCAAUUGAUGAGUCUAAAGGUUUUAACAAUUUUUGAAAAUGGAUUUUCGGGUACCAUCCCUCCCUCCAUCUUCAAUCUUUCUUCGAUCGAGACUGUAGACUUUCUAUUCGGAAAUGAUCUCACCGGAAGAGUGCCUUCUCUCAACAAGUUGCAUGGGCUUUCAGUAUUUGGGAUUGGUGACAACAAUUUAGGAAGUGGGAAAGCUUAUGACUUGAGAUUUCUUUCCACUUUAACUAACACCACAUAUUUACAGACUCUAGUUAUAAGCUACAACAACCUUGGAGGGGAACUUCCUGAACAUAUCGCCAAAUUUUCAAAGGAGCUCCACAGGUUUGCCACACAACACAAUCAGAUAUCUGGAAACAUCCCAGUUGGAAUACAGGUUCUUGUUAACUUGGAAGCUUUCUAUGCAGACAGGAACAAACUCUCAGGUACGAUUCCUUCUGGCAUUGGACAACUUCAAAAUCUAAAAUUACUUCGCCUUGAAAUAAAUAAGUUAUCGGGAUAUAUUCCAUUAUCUCUGGGAAACCUGACAAAUUUACUUGAAAUUUUUUUAUCUAAAAUCAAUCUUCAAGGUACCAUCCCUUCAAGUCUAGGCAGUUGGAAAAAAUUGAUCACACUAGAUUUUUCUGCAAACAAUCAUAGUGGUCCCAUACCCCCACAAGUUAUUGGACUUUCCUCCUUAUCAAAAGGACUUGAUUUGUCUCAGAAUAAUUUGUCUGGUUCCCUUCCAAAAGAAGUAGAAAAUUUGAAAAAUCUAGGAAUCCUUGACCUUCAUGCGAACAUGUUGUCAGGGGAGAUUCCCAGUGGCCUUAGCAGUUGUAUAAGUCUAGAAUUGCUAUUCAUGGGUGCCAACUUGUUCCAAGGAUCCAUUCCUCCCUCUUUUAGUUCAUUACGUGGCAUUAGAGAGUUAAAUCUUUCUCAUAAUAAUUUGUCAGGCAAGAUUCCAGAAUUUCUAAAGAGCUUCAACUCAAUACAGCUUUUGGAUUUAUCUUAUAAUGACUUUGAGGGCAUGGUACCAGUAGAAGGAGUUUUCAAGAAUUCUAGUGCUACCUUUGUGGCAGGAAAUAAAAAUCUAUGUGGUGGCAUGCCUGAUUUUGGGCUACCUGUGUGCAAGUUUGAACAAUCAAAGAGGAGACUAACUACAAAAUUAAAGAUCAUAAUUUCCGUGUUUAGUGGGGUAAUAAGCGUUGCACUUUUGCUUAUAUCUUUGCUUCUUUGGCGCCAUUCAAGAAAGAGAAAAGGAGAAUCUGCAUCACUGUUUGACGGAAAUCCAUUAUUGAAGUUGUCUUAUCAAAGUCUGCUCAAAGCCACUAAUGGAUUCUCUUCAGAUAAUUUGAUUGGUAUUGGUAGCUUUGGAUCUGUAUAUAAAGGUAUUCUUGAUCAACAAGGAAUGGUGCCAAGGACUUUAAAUGUUAUCCAAAGAUUGAAUAUUGCCAUUGACGUUGCUUCUGCACUUGAGUAUCUUCACUAUCAUUGUGGAACACCAAUUGUUCAUUGUGAUCUAAAACCAAGUAAUGUCCUUCUCGAUGAAGAAAUGAUUAGACAUAUAAGUGAUUUUGGGUUAGUAAAGUUCUUUUCUGUUGGAAUGCUUGACUAUUCAAUGAAUCAAUCUAGUUCACUUGGAAUAAGAGGAACUGUUGGAUAUUGUCCUCCAGAGUAUGGUCUGGGAAGUGAAGUAUCAACACACGGUGACAUAUUUAGUUUUGGCAUACUCUUAUUGGAGAUGUUCACAGGAAAGAGGCCGAAUGAUGACAUGCUCAAAGAGAAUUUGAGCCUUCACAGUUUUGCCAAAAGAGUUUUGCCAGAAGAAGCGAAAGAUAUUAUAGAUCCCAACCUUUUUCAAAUGCAACUCAUUGCGGAUGCAACAUCAAAUCACAAUCACAAUUCUAAGAAUACGAGUAACAAUACAUUUAUUGAAUGCUCGAUUUCAGUCUUAGAAAUUGGAGUCUCUUGUUCUGUGGAAUCACCACAAGAACGCAUGAAUAUUAGUGAUGUUGUUGCCCAGCUCUCUUCUCUUAGAAACAAAUUUAUCGGAAGUCAAUUACCAAGGAAGAGACAAAAUAUAGGUACACUUCAAGUGGCAGCUAAUGCUAUUCUUUCAUUGAAAUGA